GCCAAUCCCGCCCAGCACCAGCUGCGGCCGCCUCGUGUGCGGAAUUGACUCCGCCGGUAGUGACAGCGUCCUUCGAUGAGGUGAUCGAUGCCAUUCCGUACAGGACCGAGGCAAGCCGAACCUUCUCGGCAGCCAAGGCAGCCCGCACAGCCGAGCCGGCUACGGAACCAGGCAGCUCAUCUACAGCCCCGCCUAGCGGUGGCCGAAGGUCGACUGUCAACCCGAAUGACCUUGUCGGGUACAAGAUUGAAGACGACGUCUACCUCAACGAGAUGCUUGGCGUGGAUGACAACCAGUACGCCAGGCUCGCCGGUGACAAUCCGGAGCACGAAAAAGUGAUCACCAUUAAGCAGCCCGACAUCCCGAUGGAUUAUAUCCUGAAGCCACCGCGCUUUGUCGACAAGGUGAGCAAAUGGAUCAUUGGGGUGGUGAGAGGCUCGAUCCUUGAGUGCAGAAGCCGAAUGGGGAAGUGGAUCCGGCUGGAGGAACUCCUGUUCCUCCUCAAACGCAAGCACAACGUUGUCAUCGGCCACCGCAUGUUCAUUGCCGUUGUAGCCUACGACAACAAGUGCAGGUACUUGCUGGCCGGCCACUCUGAGGACCCCAGGAACGAGUUUGUGGACGGUGGAGUGUGGCCGAUCUGGGUGUCCGCAAGCCAUGGCCACAGCGAGCGCAUCCGCGGCGAGAUGGAUGACGCAUCUAUCGCUACGAAGUGGCUCGACCCCAGGCGAAGGGGGAUCGACAGGAUUCCAGCCGCCUACAAAGGCAGGCCAUUCCUCUGUCGAGGCGAUGCGGACUUCCCCAACAGGCUCUACCACCGCACGACCCACGAUGCGGCAUUUAGCAUCCUUGAGGACGGGUUGGUUCCGGGUUUUCGCCGCUCCGGAAAGUACCACUGCUACUUUGCGAAAGCCACUUUGGCUGAGCUUGGUAACAAAGCAGGGGUACGAGCCAACCUACAUGUGGAAUUGGUCUUCGACACCAUCGAAGUGCUCAAGCACGCGUACCUGUUCGAAACAGAGUCCGAAGGUGUCUUGUGCUCCGAGCGCGUCCCUGGGGAGUGUGUCCUCUAUGUCAGGGAUGCUGAGAGCAACGAGACUUUGUGGACGCGGCCGUCUCCUGGAGACGAAGACGUUGAAGUCAUUGUGGAAAUCGCAGGAGAAACCACAAUGGAAGACGACGACGAGCCAGCCGACCUUUAUAGCUUCCCAGAGCCAGCGGAGCCAGAGGAAGAGGCCGCGAUCCUGUCGGAAGUCGUGCAUGAGCCGGAGGCCGAAGCCGCCACCAUGGAUGCCGACGAUCCAGCCCCACUUAGUGGAGGCCAAGGAUUCGAUGAGGAAGUUCCAGACACUACUGAUGCCCCGAUGCCCGCCAUCCUGGACGCAACGGCCGCUGACGUUCUCCCUGAAGAGUCGGCUGUGCUUGAGGAUGAUGGCGCUGGCAUUGGAGGUAUGGCUCCCCCAGAGCCUAUGACUCCUCCUCCCGCGGAACCCAUGACCCCUCCGGAAACCAAGGAGGAAUCCGCACAGGAGGAAGCGCCUGAGCCUGCACCUGACACAGCAGAUGCACCUAUGGCAAUCGCCGACGUCAAGACGGAGGCGGCAGAGGAGGUGGAAGAAGCAGCGACACCGGCAGCUGCGCCGAUCAAGUGCAAGGCGCAGUUGGCGAAGGCUACGGCCCAAAGCCAACGAAAGAGGCUUAAGACGGACCGGUGGUUCCAAGAGCAGGCUGCGGCCCUCGCCACCGGGAAGGCUAAAUCCCGGUUAACCGUGGAUGAAGUGCUAGCCAACAUUCGACGUGAAGUCGGAGGGCGUGGAGCACAGAGCCUCGACUCCGUCGCGAUCGAGAAGGCCAAGCAAAUGCUCAAGCUUGCGGUGAAACAGGGAUGCAGCAGCAUAGUCGAGCGCUUUGAGACGGACGCAGAGUACACGAUCUCGUCCUUGAAUAGCGGCUUUGACCGCGAUUUCCUCAUGGUGCAGGACGUGCUCGUCAACGGCAUCCUCCCCAACAUCG